CGCUCCGUCUCCCGCCCGUCCGCCCUCCCGCCCUUCUCUGUCUCUGCAGGCGGCGCCUCUACUCAGCCCCCGGCGGCCCGGCGGCGGCAUGAAGUGCAAGCCCAACCAGACGCGCACCUACGACCCCGAGGGGUUCAAGCAGCGGGCGGCGUGCCUGUGCUUCCGCAGCGAGCGCGAGGAUGAGGUGCUGCUCGUGAGCAGCAGCCGCUACCCCGACCGCUGGAUCGUGCCCGGCGGCGGCAUGGAGCCCGAGGAGGAGCCCGGCGGCGCGGCGGUGCGCGAGGUGUACGAGGAGGCGGGCGUGCGGGGCGAGCUGGGCCGGCUGCUGGGCGUCUUCGAGCAGAACCAGGACCGCAAGCACAGGACCUACGUCUACGUCCUGACGGUCACGGAGAUGCUGGAGGACUGGGAGGACGCGGCCAGCAUCGGCAGGAAGCGCGAGUGGUUCAAGAUCGAGGAUGCCAUCAAGGUUCUCCAGUGCCACAAGCCCGUGCACGCCGAGUACCUGCAGAAACUCAAGCUGGGCGGCUCCCCGACCAAUGGCAACUCCGUGGCCCCGACCCUCCCCGCCGGCGAGCAUCCCUAGUGAAUGACAUAGCUGUCCAGAUUUACUUCAAAAGAAAUGAGUUUGUGAAUUCAAUGAUGAGCGGAAUUGUGAAGCACAGGUGAGCUCUUUCAUACUCCGGAGACCACAGCUCAUCCUAUACUUCUGGACACUUCUCUGUUGCUUACAAUGCCUAUUAUCCAGUUUGUAACACUAUCACUAUAUUUCACUAUCUCUGUACAGACUUCUAAGUAGGCACCUGUGGCCUUUUUUGCUAUUAUGAUUAUUUGUCUGUAUUUCCCACCAGGCUAUAUGACCUUGAGUGCAAGUACCUUGUUCCUUUAGUUUUUUUUUAUAUAUAUAUCUAGCAUACAAGAUAUAACUUGAAACAUUGUAGGUAUUACCAAAGGUUUGUUUAAAUAAUAUUUUGUAAUUACACUGAGUGGUAAAGCUUUUGCUCUCCGAUCUGGUGUUAGUCCAGUAAAUAUUGUCUGUGGCUUCUAUAUAUCAGAUGUCACACAAAUGUGUCAAGGAAGCUGUGAGAUAUUAAAAAUAAAACAGUUCCAACCUAUGUGUCUAUGUUAUCCCAAGCAUUAUGUGCCUCUUGGUGCAAGUACACAACACCACGUAUGAAAUACAUUUGCUAAAAUUUUGAUUGUGCCUCUAGACAUAUUACAUAAUUUGUGGGAAGUACUGGUUAAAGAGAAACACUACUCUGCACCACAGAGAUGAUUUUAGUAGUAUUCUAACUGUAAGAAACAUGAAUGGAGAAAUGACCCAGUUUUAUCAGAAAUUAUCAGUAGUUCCUAGGGUGAAAGAUGGCAGGCUGACCUAUAGAUUAAGAGAGACUUAAGGAAACAUAACAAACAAUUGUAAUAUUUGGAUCUUUUGAGAUCCCUAUUUGACCAAAUUGUAACAUAAAUACAUUUAUGAGACAAUCAGGAUACUUGAUGACCUGAUAUUUGAUAUUAGUUGGAAUAACAGUAUUGUUUUUACAUUGAAAACAAAAGUCUAUCUUUUAGACAUGCAUUCUCAAUAAUUUAUAGUUGGAAUAAUAAUCUAGAAUUUGCUUCAAAAUAAUAAGUGGAUGUUAAGUGCAUUGGAGAUAUUCAUAAAAUAAAAUUGGUAUUGAGUUUGAUAAUUACUGUAGCUGGGUGAUAAUUAAACGAUGGUUCAUUAUAGUUGUUCCUCUACUUUUGUAUGUUUGACAUUUUCAUAAUAAAAAGUCAAUAAAAUUGUUA